UCCGUUUUGGUUCCGGGGCAGCGGCUCCUUCCUGCGGGCGGGCGGUGCAGCAGAGCCCGGUUCGGUUUGGCUCAGCUCGGCUCUGCCCGGCUCUGCUCGGCUCUCUCCGGCCCGGCUCGGCUCUGCCCGGCUCGGCCCCGGCCCGGCCCGGCCCGGCAGCAUGUGAGCCCGCGGGGCGGGGAUGCUCUGGCUGCUCUGCGGCCCCCCCGGCGCCAUGGACAGCCAGGCGCUCGUCAUCCGCAUCCACAUCCCCGACGGAGCCGCCGUGGACUGGACCGUGCACUCCGCGCCGCAGCUGCUCUUCAGGGACGUGCUGGAUGUCAUUGGUCAAGUUUUGCCAGAUGCAACGACCACAGCAUUUGAGUAUGAGGAUGAGGAUGGGGAUCGGAUCACGGUCAGGAGUGAUGAGGAGAUGAAGGCCAUGCUGUCCUAUUAUUACUCCACUGUGAUGGAGCAGCAAGUGAAUGGGCAGUUGAUAGAACCUCUGCAGAUCUACCCACGAGCCUGCAAACCCCCUGGGAAAAGGAACAUCCAUGGCCUCAAGGUGAACACCCGGGCUGGGGCCACCAGCAGCAGCAGCUCGGCCGCCUCCGAGGGGCUCCCCAGCAACAGUUUAAAAAAAUCCUCUGCAGAGCUGAAGAAAAUCCUUGCCAAUGGCCAGAUGAAUGAACAAGACAUUCGAUACCGAGACAUCCUCGGCCACGGCAACGGCGGCACCGUCUACAAGGCUUACCAUGUCCGUAGUGGAAAAAUCCUGGCAGUGAAGGUCAUACCCUUGGAUAUAACACUGGAGCUCCAGAAGCAAAUCAUGUCAGAGUUGGAAAUUCUUUACAAGUGUGACUCCUCGUAUAUCAUAGGAUUUUAUGGUGCUUUUUUUGUAGAAAACAGGAUUUCAUUGUGUACAGAGUUCAUGGAUGGGGGAUCUCUGGAUGUUUACAGGAAAAUCCCAGAGCACGUCCUUGGAAGGAUAGCAGUGGCUGUUGUGAAAGGCCUGACCUAUUUAUGGAGCUUGAAGAUUUUACACAGAGAUGUGAAACCAUCCAAUAUGCUGGUGAACACCAGGGGCCAGGUGAAGCUCUGUGACUUUGGGGUCAGCACCCAGCUGGUGAAUUCCAUAGCCAAGACUUAUGUUGGAACAAAUGCUUACAUGGCACCUGAGAGGAUUUCAGGAGAGCAGUAUGGGAUCCACUCAGAUGUUUGGAGUUUGGGCAUUUCCUUCAUGGAGCUUGCUCUUGGGAGGUUUCCAUAUCCUCAGAUUCAGAAAAACCAGGGAUCUUUAAUGCCUCUCCAGUUAUUGCAGUGCAUUGUUGAUGAGGAAUCGCCGGUGCUUCCAGCCGGGGAGUUCUCGGAGCCAUUUGUGCACUUCAUCACUCAAUGCAUGAAGAAGCAGCCAAAGGAAAGACCAGCACCUGAGGAUUUAAUGGGCCACCCGUUCGUGGUGCAGUACAACGACGGCAAUGCCGAGGUGGUGUCCAUGUGGGUGUGCAGGAUGCUGGAGGAGCGGCGCUCCCAGGGCGCCCCGUGAGCUCCGCCCUCCCCACCCUGGGCUCAGAUUAUCCACAUUUCACCCGUUUUACUUCAGCUGUCUCCCAGGAGCAUCGACAGCAUCAGGAGAUUUUCCUCAAUGCCACUUUAAGGGGUUUUUUCUUAAUUGUUUCUUUUGUUGCUGAUAAAUUUCCAGGUUAUUUUCAGUUAUACUGUGCACAGCCUUAAAGCAAGAAUUUUAUAUCUCUGUUCUUGAGUUCUAUUUCCUGACUCCAGAGGAUUUUUACCUGUUGCUCCUGAGUGUCCAGAGGAUUUCCUGAGUGCAGCAGCCACGAAAUCCUGGUUUUAAAUCUAAAACAAAAGCAAACAGACCAAAAAAAAAAAAAAUAUAUAUAUAUAUAUCUGGGCUUGCCCACCCUGUCAGCAUCACACCAGUGAGUGACUGGGAAUGCCCCUCUCUGCUCCCAGUGCAGAUCAGGGUUCAAAAUCCCUAAAUCCUGAGGGUCAGGCAUGAGGAGCAUCAUGGUCACAGAGGGUUUGCAGGGAGCUCUGGAGCCAGGGAAUGUUCACCUGGAGAAGGGAAAGAUCCAGGGAGAGCCUGAAGGGAUCCAGGAGAGCUGGAGAGGGAUUUGGGAUAAGGGAUGGAGGGACAGGACACAGGAAUGGCUCCACUGCCAGAGGGAUGGAUGGAUGGAUGGAUGGAUGGAUGGAUGGAUGGAUGGAUGGAUGGAUGGAUGGGAUUUUGGGAAUAAUCCUUCCCUGGGAGGGUGGCACAGCUGUGGGUUCAGGCUCCAGGUUUGCUGUUCCAGGAAAAAGGAAUGACUGCGAGUAUUUCUGAUUCCUGUGAGCAUUUCCACAACAGAGCAACACAGAUUGGAUCAGUCCUCGUGUUAAAAUGCUUCUUAAAAGGAAAAAAUAAAAAUAAAAAAUGGAUGUGAGAGGCAGGUUUGGGGUGAGUGAGUUGGGUGGGAGGAGGUUGGGAUUUGUUUGCUUGUUUUUGCAUUAAAAAUAAACUUUUGCUAAAAAAAAAAAAAUAAAUAAAA